ACAGCGCUAGCAACAUGGAUGGUCCUUCAGUGCCUUGGCUGCAGCGAUUUGAUAAGUCUUCCCGUCUUCUCCUCUGCACAUUGAUGUCUGGGCCUGAGGGUGCCUUGUCUGCCUUCCGAACCCUUCAACGGUCUCAGUCUGAGGAAGAUCCAAGGCAGGGCUUUGAUUGGCAGGACUUCACAGAGAAGCUGUGUUGUUUAGAGCCUGUGCUCCAAGGACCCGAGAAGACCCUCCGCUUAAAACCGUUAUUGCUGCUGCUUCCAGUCUUGUGCCGAAGAAAUCUCUUUUCUCUGCUACUUAUGGUAAAGUCUGUAGUGCCAAAAGACUUGCUUGUCCGUCUGCUUGAGACCUCCAAGCAGGAACCCAGCUCAGACCUCUGGGUGCAGAGAUUGAAGGAUUUACUACAAGUGGAGGUGCAGGAGAAGAGCUCCUUGACUCCAGUCCUACUAACAGAUGCUUGCCAGCAACAACUGAAAGAUCUGUGUCAGAAGGUUAUGGCCCCUCAUAGCAACAAUCCUUGUUUAGGAAGAAAAUUAAGCUGGUAUGUUAAACAGACAGAUCCCUGCUUGGCUGUGAAUGAAAUUGCUCCUGCCUCUGCAUCUCAGAUUAGGAAAAACAAGAAAGUAAGCAAGGAACCCAUAAGCCCUGAAAAUGAGAGGCAGAGAAAGAGGGCUCGACUGGAAGUUGAUGAAUCAGAUUCAGAACAUUUAGAACCACAUGCUGUGCAGAAGGGAGUUGGUGCAGCUGGAACAGGAAAUGAACUCACAAUGAAUUCUUCUGUAAAUGAAGAUGUUCACAGUCAAAUCAACAACACCUAUCCAAGUUCUCAAAAGGAGGAAACCGUAGAAAUGAGAGGGGCUAGUCAGGGUUCCGAAAUGGACACUGCAGCAGAGGUCCCUGAUUAUAUCAAGGAACAUGUCCCAAAACUUAAGGAACUUUUGGUGAUGCAGUGCGAUCAUUCUGAUGGGACUGUCCCUCCUGAGCUUCAGGUUCUGAAUGAAUGUACUCCAAGCCAGCUGGAAGGUCUCUGCUCAUUACUGCAGCUCUCGGAAUGCCCAGAGAAUGAGCUUCUGCAGUUCUGUACAUGGUUGGUAGCGCUGUCACCUGAUCUUAGCUAUAGUUAUGCAGCGAUACUUGCUGGAAAGCUCUUUCUACCUCGGGUUCUCGGGCUGGCUGAGCCAGCCUCAUGGCCUCUCACAAUGGCCCUGAUGAUGUUCUGCUCGAAAUAUGCUCGCCCAGUUUGUUGCACCUUGAUUCCUUCAAUUAUGCAGGCUCCAGGGAAGGGCCUUGAGCAAAUGAGACUUUUGUGCAAGAUAAUUGAGGAGUGUUUGGAGGCUGAAUAUGUGAGACUGGUAUUCAGCCAGAUUGUAGAAAUGCCAUGGUCAGAAGAUCUCCUCACAGUUGUGCAUUCAUUGCUGGAAAGACAGGUGGAGUUGUCUGCUGAGCUCUUCAACUUGUUGGUCUCAAAUGUUUGCCAGAUGGCUCAAAAGUUGGCCAAGUCAAUGCAUUAUGCAAAGCUGGUGCUCUCUCUGUUGACCAAAUACCAAAGCAGUAUUACAUCGGUACACCAGUAUCGCUUAUCUGGUGUUCUGGACCUCAAUGAAACAAUUUUAAAGAAAUCUCUCCAAAUUGCACUAAAACGAGUGACUUUCAGAUGAGAAACAACUUGAAUGCCUUUCCUGUGUUGGGAAU